AUGCAACUCAUAGGAACAAUAAUGACUGAUGAAUUAUUUUAUCAUUUACAAUCAGCAAAUGAUCCUAUAAUAGAUCUGAGCACCGGUAUCGUUUUUCAACGCAUCGGAAUGUAUGUUGAUCGUCAGGUAUAUCAGCCAACAACUGCUUAUAUACCUAUUACUGAAAUGGAAUGUAACAUCCUAAAUCCAAAUGACAUAGAUAAAGAUACAUGUUUUUUCAAUAAAAGCUCAAGAAAUAAACGAUUUGGUGGACUAGAUUUAUGGUAUAGUAGUUAUUCAUUGUGGAAACAUGGAUCAGAAAUGCACAAGUCAAACCGUGAUUCAGGACAAAUGAACCGUAUAGCAGAUCAAGCCCGUUCCAAUCAGAUUGCAUCAAUAAAUAAUACUGGUCAAAUUUACGUUUUAUCGAAAAAUGAUCUCAAUCUUGCACACGAAGUCAAGACUAUUCAGACAGAUUUGGUAGAAGUAGAAAAACAAUUACAAGAUGUAUAUUUAAAUAAAAAGGUGCAAGCAUUAGUAUCACAGAUGAUUACUACUGUGAGACGAUUGAAUUCCAAUUAUUUGAUCAGAUCUAUCACGGACAUAAAAAAUGGUGAAUUUAAUGUUGAUUUUUUGCUACCAGAACAACAAAUUGCACUUUAUAAAGAACUGUAUACUAGAACAAAAACAUUCAUUAAAAAUCGUAAACUAUCCAUCGCAUUUCUCUUAAAACGUUUAUUGAUUGAUCAAACUGUUGAUUUCGUGAAACAACAAUCGGAAAUGACUGAAAAAAACAACAACACGUCGAAUGAACAAACAGAUAACGGGCAAAAUAUAGUUGGAAAAUUAAUUGUUAAUAGUAUUUUCGGAUUGCCAUCAGAUGAUGAUUCUGCUAUGUUCAACGUUUUCAAAAUACAUACUCUUCCAUUUUUCAUUCAUGAAAUAGCUCACCAGACAACACAACUGCCUUUAUAUGUCGGUGUUAAUAUAAAGCAAAAUAAAUUUAUAGAAUUAUAUUCAGAAGACAUAGACAUGCUAUCUUGUACCCUUGUCAAUGAACUGAUGUUUUGCAGCUUUCCAGUAACAGUUGAAAAUCAAUUUAAAAAUUUAUGUUUAAGUUACAUACUUAAACCAAAUAACGUUCUUGAUAUCAACAAUUAUUGUUCAUUCUCUAAGAUUCCUAAAGAAACAAUUCGCAUAUUUAAAUUAUCAAGAAAUACUUGGAUUUUUGGCUCUAGCCAUCCCAUAACCUGCACAGAAUUAAACCCAUCAUUUAAAAAAAAACGAAUUGUCGAACCACUAUCGCUGAUAACAUUGCCAUGCAAUACUGAGUUAGACUGCGAUGGGUAUUUAAUGAAGUCUGCAAAUGCUUCAUGCAAUUGGAAUAAUGAGAACGUGUAUAUCAUUUCAAAUGGCUCAAUUGUGGAACAUAAUACGCAAGAAAAAGAUAUUUCGCUUUAUAAAACAAAGAAUUUUACUAGUUUUAUGGAUCCAAAUCGUCUUCAACAACUCAUAAAAAACAUAGAUGCAACACAUAAACAGGCCAAAGACAUGUAUGAAAAUGCAACGAAAGUCUCUGUCUUUAGCCUAGAAAUGGAUGCAGGAACAGCAAUUAAGUCGGGUUUUAUUAUACAAAUGAUAAUGGUUUUAAUAGUCGGUUUAGGACUUAUUAUUUAUGUACGAAAAUCCGUCGGAUGUAUACCAAAAAUCACAUAA